GGUGUGCUUGGAAAAGAGGAAUAAUGUGUGCAAAACAACCUAGUCUCGCGUCGGACAAGAAUAGGGUUAACUUGGUGAGCAGCUGGAGGGGUAGCCGGCCGGCAGAGAGGGAGCUAGAGGGGCACUAGCCCGUGGGGUCGCAAUUCAGUCCCGCCGUUGAUCGCCGCUGAUUUGCAUCGAACCACAGGUGCAAAAUGUCGGCCGCACGUCGUUACCUGAGUCGUCCUCGCACAAAGCUGUAUGACUACAACUACGUGAUGGGCGAGCGGUUGUACCGCGGCAUGGUCGACUCUCUGGACAAGCCGCGCGCCGCUCGUUCGUCGGCGGAGGCCGUCGACAGGCACACCUACGCCCCACCGCCGCCACCCCCGACUAACAACAACUACAGGAAUCGCUCCUACGACGAAGGGUCCGAGGAGGAAGACUCGUCCCUGCGCAAGAUCAGGGCGGCCAGGGCCAAGAUGGAGGAGGAGGUGCGCGCCUAUGAGGAGAGCUCGAACGCUCGCAGGGCGGCCCUGAAGAACCAGAGGGUCGACGUGUCGGACCGUCUGCUCGACUCUGUCGGCAUCUCCCGCAGGUCGGCGGAGAACGGCGACUACGAGUACUCGUCCUCGAACCAACACCGCAGAGCCGUCACGGAACUGGAGGAGGACCCGUUUUUCAAGAAGAGGACCUUCCAGCAGCAAGCAAAGUAUCAGUUUGAGGAAGAAGAUGAAGCUCCUGUAUCUCGUCUUAAGUCCAAGCAACGCAACUUGUUCGCCAAGGAGAGCGACUCACCCGAUUUUGACACAGCUGCCGCCCUGGAUCGCGCCAAGAAGUCGAGGGCACGUCUGGCCGAGAUUGAAAACGAAAUGGACGAGUUGAACGAGAGGUCGAGGGCGCGGGGUGCGCGCAUGGCGUCUGCCCAGGCCGUCCUCAGGGAGGCGGCCGAGUGCGAAAGCAGCGUUUCUGCCACCAAGAGCGUCCGCGUCAAACGGGCCAUCCAAGUCACCGAAAGGGUUGGCUGAAGAUUUAGAAGAAGAAGAAGUGGACGAACAGAAAAAAAGGAAGGACUCUUUGAUUCGGCUGAAAUUGUGUAAUAUAUGUUCAAGGUUGGCUCACCUGCUUUCAUAUUAAUUUUCAUAAAUACUUCUUACACAUAUUUCAAGGCUAUAAAUUUCAAUCAUAAAUAUGUCGACUUUUCGCCCUCUCUUCCUAUUUUUGUAAAACUUCAAUUAAUGCAUAAGAGCUCUAAACUUUCAUUUUCGUCAGCAUUUGACUUUUCAGUAUUUAUUAAAUCUUCCGGAAUUACAGAAUCAAAUUUUUAUACAAAAAUUGUUUUCUCAAAAAUUUUUAAGCAGAUGAGAAAUUAAAUUAUUGUGUGUACAAAAAUCUAUCACGUGAGGAUGGUAAAUAGGGUGCUUGAUAAGUAAGUGAACUGCAGUUGGGUGGCCGCUGUGAAAAUGCAAAUUCUUAAUUGUUUGUACUCGUUGCGCAAAAUAAAAAAGGACUCUCUUGUUAAGACCA